AUGAAUGAAUAUAAAAAAAGUAAAAAUAACAGAAUUAAUGUUUUUUUAAAAAAAAAGGUGUCAAAUGGGUCUGAAAAUGCUAUAAAUAUUAAGAAUGAGGCAGAAAAUGAGGUUUUUUUUGAAGAAAAAGAGUAUAAAUAUAAAGAAAAUCAAGAAAAAGAAGUAUUUAGUGAAAAUAAGGAGUCUUUAGAGCCUAAAAAUGAUGAAGAAAGUUGUAUUGGAGGAUUAUAUGGUGUUUUGGGUGUUAUGGAUCAAGAAGAUCUUGAAAGAGAUGUUUCUUUAAAGGUUAAUCAUGGAUUUAUUGAGAAUGAUAUUAAAAAUGAGUGUAAAAGAUUAGAACGAUGUAAUAAGGAAAGGGAAAAGUUAUUAAAAAAAAUGCAAAAGAUAGAGGAAAAAAUCACUAAAAAUGGGACAUAUGAAUCAAAGGUUUUAGAAAAAGAAAAAGUUUAUCAAUUUAAUAAUCAAUUAUUUUAUGUUGAGAAAAAUAUUAGGGAGAUAUCUAAGAGGAUAGAAGAACUUAUAUGUGAAAAGAAAAAAUAUGAGCAAGGAUUAGGAGAUGAAAAGUCAAGUAAAGAAACAGAUAGGGAAUAUUUGAUUCGAACAGGGAAAAUUACACCAUUUUCUAAUAUAUCUGGUUUGGAACGUCAAAUUGAUGAAGAUUCAGAAGAUUCAAAUGAUAUUUCAGAACGAAUACUUAUUAGAAAAGCAUUAUCUGAAUCCGAGGUUUUAGAUAGUGAUAAUGUUUCUCUUGAGAUAGAGCGAAAGAAACCUCGUUUGGAAAAUAGUAAUAAUCAAAUAAAAAACAUUGAAGAUAUUUCUGAAACAUUUGAUACUUCAAUAGACGAAGAAAGUUCAUUUAUUGGUAGGAUAAUUGAUGGAAAUGAUAUAAAUUUAAUUAAUUUAUGUAUAGAAAAUAUUCAAGAUAAGCGCCUUAGUGAAUGGGUUUGUCGUAGAAAGAGUGAUAGAACAAAGUAUAAUAUAGUAAAGCAAGAAUCUGAAGUAUAUGAUCAAUUAGAAGAAUGGUUUCAACCACAUCCAACUAUUAAAGAUUAUAAGUUUGAAGGUUAUUAUUCUUUGCCUGGGGAUAUUCAUCCAAGUUUGUUUAAUUAUCAAAAAACAUGUAUACAAUGGUUAUGGGAGCUAUAUUGUCAGGAAACUGGGGGAAUCAUUGCAGAUGAAAUGGGUCUUGGAAAAACUAUUCAAAUAGUUGGGUUUCUUGCAGGAUUACAUUAUUCUCAAAAACUUUCAAAUCCUAUUUUAAUUGUUUGUCCUGCAACAAUAAUGAGACAAUGGGUUAAUGAAUUUCAUCAAUGGUGGCCUCCUUUUAGGGUGAUUAUUCUGCAUGCAACAGGGAGUGGUUUGGCAAAUGUAAAACAUGAAUUAAAUAAAAAUUAUAAAUCUUCAGAAAGUAUAAAUUCAAAUCUUCUUCUUAAAAAAAAUAUUUUUCAAAUAAUGAUUUUAGGUCAUGUUCUUAUUAUAACAUAUUCUGGAUUACGUAUAUAUAAAGAAUAUCUUUUACCCAAUAAAUGGGCAUAUUGUGUUCUUGAUGAAGGACAUAAAAUUAGGAAUCCUAAUUCCACUAUAUCUAUUAUUUGUAAACAAAUUAAAACACCUCAUAGAAUAAUUUUAUCAGGCACUCCUAUACAAAACAAUCUGGAUGAAUUAUGGAGUUUAUUUGACUUUAUAUUUCCUGGUCGUUUAGGAACAUUACCUAUAUUUCAAAAUCAUUUUGCAAUACCUAUAAAUAUUGGUGGAUAUGCAAAUGCUAGUAAUAUUCAAGUUCAAACAGCCUAUAAAUGUGCAUGUGUACUUCGUGAUCUUGUGAGUCCAUACUUAUUAAGAAGAAUGAAGGUUGAUGUAGCUUCUGAUCUACCUAAUAAGAGUGAACAGGUUUUAUUCUGUAAAUUAACAAAAUUUCAAAAAGAAGCAUAUCAAUCUUUUUUAAAUUCUAAAGAGAUGGAUUCAAUUUUAAAUGGUAAAAAAAACGUCUUGUAUGGAAUAGAUAUUCUUCGAAAAAUUUGUAAUCAUCCAGAUUUAGUUGAUAGAAUUUCUCUUUUAAAGAUUAAUAAUAUAGAAUAUGGAGAUCCUAAAAAGUCUGGAAAAAUGCAAGUUAUAGGAGAGAUCCUUAAACUUUGGAAAAGUCAAGGUCAUAGAACCUUACUUUUUACGCAAACUAGACAAAUGCUUGAUAUUUUAGAAAAGUUUAUUGAAAAAAUGGAUCAAUUCAAUUAUCGUAGAAUGGAUGGUGGAACAUCUAUAAGUUCUAGACAAUAUCUUGUUGAUAACUUUAAUAAUUCUGAUGAUAUUCAUGUUUUUCUUCUUACUACUAGAGUUGGAGGAUUGGGUAUUAAUUUAAUUGGAGCUAACAGGGUUAUAAUAUUUGAUCCUGAUUGGAAUCCAUCAACUGAUGUACAAGCACGAGAAAGAGCAUGGCGUGUCGGUCAGAAAAAAGAGGUAAUAAUAUAUCGUUUAAUGACGUCUGGUACAAUAGAAGAAAAAAUAUAUCAUCGUCAAAUAUUUAAGCAGUUUCUUACAAAUAAAAUUCUUAAAGAUCCUAAACAAAAGAGGUUUUUUAAGAUAAGCGAUUUAUAUGAUUUAUUUUCUCUAAAAUCAGAUGAUAUUGGUGGUAGUGAAACAGGCGAAAUGUUUAUUGGUACUGAAAAGAUAUAUCAUGAAACUAAACCAUCUUUAAGCGAUACCAUACAUAAAGAUGAAGAGGAUAAAGAGAAAUUAAAAUCCAUUCCUGGUGUUACUGGAUUAGAAAAUUUUACAACUGGGGAUAUCAUAUCUAAAAAGAAAGAUGAUGAAUUUGAAAUUUUGGAGGAUAUAUUUUCAAAAUCAGGUGUUUGUAGUGCGCUACAGCAUGAUGUAAUUAUGAAUUCAGUUCAGCAAGAAGCUUUAUUGGUUGAAAAAGAAGCAACUAAAAUAUCAGAAGAAGCUAUAAGAAUUUUGAAAGCAUCUAGAAAAAAUAUCCAAAAAUGCGAAAAUGGAAGAUUAGCAUCGACUGGAAGAUUUAAAGAAUCUUCUCAGAUUAAUUUUAGAAGAAGCUCGAAUGUUCCUAUAUCUUCUUUAAUAUUAAAUUUGAAAAAUAGAAAUUAUCUUGAAAAUAAUAAUAUAAAAAACUUAUUUGGAAUUUUGAAUGAUAAAUCAGUAGAACUGAUAAAAAGCAUUUAUGAUUUUAUUAUUAUAAAAGGUGGGAAAGUAUCAUCCACAGAUAUUAUUGAGAGGUUUGGUACAUCUGUUAAUGGAACUCAACAAGUUGUAGAGUUUAAGAAAUUAUUGAAGAAAAUAGCUAAAUUGGAAAAUAAAUUUUGGGUUUUAAGGAAAAAAAUUGCAUAA